CUGAGAAACUCCCAAUGUUAUCUCAACACAAGAAACUUCCAAGUCGUGCGAUAAGUUUUCUUCCCGACGUGUCAUUAGAACGGCUGUUCACCGCCGAAAGCUACCGGACUAUUAAUUUGGGACUGAGAGGGUAUUGAAUAAGUCUUCUGGGAGGUUGUCAAAACUGUACUAUGCAUAUGCUGGAGUCCAACGGAUCCGUAAUGGACCUGGAGUCGGAGUUGGUGAAAAUUAAAGCUCACUACUGCGGAGACAUGUUGAUCACAGACCUGACUUCCACUUUAACCUUCGCCGAGCUUUGCGAGGAGGUGAGAACGAUGUGCUGUCUUACCAAACAACAGCCCAUCACACUCAAGUGGAUUGAUGAUGAAGGAGACCCUUGCACCAUAUCAUCUCAGAUGGAGCUGGAGGAGGCGUUUCGUAUAUACAACCGAACAAAAAGAUCUGGACUGCUGCUGCAUGUCUUCCCAAGUAUUCCGGAGCAGCCUGGAAUGCCGUGCCCUGGAGAGGAUACGGGCCAUCUCUUCUUCUGGAGAGCUGAAGAGAAAAUGGCAGGACCAUGGGCACUGACCCUUGCUUCUGGAGAAUCCAUCUAUCGUCGCGGAGCCAGAAGAUGGAGGAAAUUCUACCAAGUCAACGGACACCUCUUCCAGGCCAAACACUUUAACACGAAAGCCUACUGUGGCCACUGCAGUGAAAGGAUAUGGGGGCUUGGCGGGCAGGGCUACAAGUGUAUCAACUGCAAACUGCUGGUCCAUAAGCGCUGUCACAGACUCAUCCCUCAGACCUGCCAAAGGCUUAUGGAUCCAGCUAUGCCCUCACAGGAGCCUCCUUCAGAUGAGAAGAGUGAAGAGGUGGACCUUCCACUAGAUGACACAGAGAACAGAGAUGGAAGGCCAUAUAUUCCACACAACUGUACAGUGGACAAAAUUGAAGAGACAGAUGCAGAGGAUAUCAAAGCAGUGGUGGAUGGAAUCGAUGGCAUCAAGCUGUCUCAGGGUCUGGCUCUAGGUUUGGGAGACUUCGACCUGAUCCGGGUGAUUGGGCGCGGCAGUUACGCCAAGGUGCUUUUGGUCCGGUUAAAGAAGAAUGAUCAGGUUUACGCCAUGAAGGUGGUGAAAAAGGAGCUGGUUCAUGACGAUGAGGAUAUCGACUGGGUGCAGACAGAGAAGCAUGUGUUUGAACAAGCCUCCACAAAUCCAUUUUUAGUGGGCCUCCACUCCUGUUUCCAGACAGAAAGUCGGUUAUUUCUUGUGAUUGAAUAUGUGAACGGCGGGGACUUGAUGUUUCAUAUGCAACGGCAAAGAAAGCUCCCUGAAGAACAUGCGAGAUUCUAUGCUGCUGAAAUCUGCAUUGCUCUCAACUUCCUGCAUGAGAAAGGCAUCAUCUACCGAGACCUGAAGCUAGACAAUGUACUCCUGGACCAGGCGGGGCACAUCAAGCUCACAGAUUAUGGCAUGUGUAAGGAGGGGAUCAGACCAGGUGACACGACCAGUACUUUCUGUGGAACACCCAACUACAUUGCACCUGAAAUCCUCAGAGGAGAAGAUUAUGGUUUCAGUGUGGACUGGUGGGCAUUAGGUGUCCUAAUGUUUGAGAUGAUGGCUGGGAGGUCCCCGUUUGAUAUCAUCACAGACAAUCCUGACAUGAACACCGAGGAGUACCUCUUUCAAGUUAUUCUUGAGAAGCCUAUUCGCAUCCCAAGGUCUCUGUCAGUGAAAGCUGCCAGCGUACUCAAGGGCUUUUUGAACAAGGAUCCCAAGGAACGGCUGGGUUGCCAGGUCCAGACGGGCUUCACGGAUAUCAAGUCACAUACAUUUUUCCGCAGUAUAGAUUGGGAGCAGCUGGAGAAGAAAGAGAUGACACCACCCUUCAAACCUCAAAUCUCUGAUGAAUACGGCCUUGAAAACUUUGACACACAAUUUACCAAUGAGCCAGUACAACUAACACCAGAUGACGAGAGCGUCAUCAAGAGAAUAGACCAGUCGGAGUUUGAGGGAUUUGAAUACAUCAACCCCCUGCUUCUGUCCACGGAAGAGUCUGUAUGAAGGAGACGACGAGGCGUUCCGUAUUUUUCGCUCAUUCUCCAGUCCGCCCAAGCUUAGCCAAAAGCCUCUCAAGAAGGCACGGCUGGAAGUCGGAGAAAAGGAGUCAAAGACUUGAGGAUGAAGUCUCCACUCUGGACCGUGUCAACAAAGCAGACAUUACAGUGGGAAAUGUUUCUUCAGCACUACUGGGAUGCCAAAUUUCUUGCUUUCUUGGUAUUUGCUAGAAGCUAGAAGCGACCACUCCACAAGAAGAACGUUCCCUCUGUGGAUUUGUCGUUGUGACUUUUUUUUUUUUUUUUUAUCCUUUUGUCUGUUUCAUUGUUUUCAACCCACAGAAUGUUCAUUCUGGUCCAAUGCUUGGUAACAUGACAAGAGAGCUGGCUCGUUCCGUGCCUGACAUCCCUCCAUGCCAUCACACUUGAAAUUUCACAUACACUUCCUGUUGCUUUCUUUGUUAUUAUUUUUUUUAUCGUGUUCGAUAAAAGCGACGAGGGUCUCACGUUAAAAAAUGAGAAUGUAAGAUUAUUGCAGGUCAUCCAUUCAAAUUUGAUGCCUUUUUUUUUUAACGAUUCAAGUGGCCCAUUUUUAUCCAAAACAAACUUUCUUGAAUCGAGAGGUUUUGUUUUAUUUAUUUAUUUUUUUAUUAUUUUUAAUUUAAAAAGUGCCUCACAGAACACAUGUAACAAAAGUACCAUGUCUCUGAUUGCACUUAAGUCGACGUUUGGUCGCCCACAAACGUGUCCAAACUCUGCCGGGGUUGGUCCAGAUCUUGCAGAAGUUCUCUUUUUUUGGAGCACAGUGGACUGAGUGAAAGUCAUUCAGAAGCACAGAAGCGGCGUUCCGAUUUAACCCGACAUCAGUAAUGUCUUUUAACAAAUGUGAUCCUCUGGUGUUGAUUAGUGAAUAUUACAUCAAUGAUUGUGCCAUUGACGAACAAAUCAUUCUAAGUGUGCGUUGCAUUGGGGGGCCUAACUUCCUUUUAUCAGCUACUGUAGGAUGAUGUGAUACAAAUAUGCAAAAAGUCAUUUAUGUGUACAAGAUUAUUACUUUUACCGCUCAGCACACUCAUGAAGUGUAAUGAUGAUGGAAGGGUUUGAUUACCACAUUGAGUUGACGUCGUAACGGCCGUUUUAUCCACUUUGGUAAAAGUACAGUGGAACCUCUAAGGUCCAAAACAGUGAUUGAAAUCAUUUAGUUUUCAGCUAAAAAUGGACUGAAAUGCAGAAAUUGAUAUCAAUAUUUGCUUUUCAUUGAUACGUUUUUUUCAGCAGCCAAGUAAUGGAGUAGGUACGAAAAUCUGAGCUAUACUUGUUCAAAUAAACUCAAAAAUAAGGGUGUCGCAAUGCAACGCUUUCUUUUCCGAUACGAUACCGAUAUUCCACUCUUGAUUAGUGGCCGAUACAGAUAUCGAUACGAUAUCAGCACAAAUCAUGCAUACUUUUAUUUCUUAUUUUGUAGUGUGGGAUGUUAGAAGAAUGAAUGACAUUUUGCCAUCCAAUGGGCUUUUUUUCACGCUUUGCAAAUGUUGCAGACAUCGCUGGUUGUUUGAGGGACUCGAACAAAAUGUUUGUGGUUCUGCUUCAUUUAUCACAGUGAUAAGUGGGAUUCAAUAAUAGCAAAUUGAAUAUUUUCCUCAAUAGACCAUAGAUUACCUCUUUAUGACAUUCUGAAUACAUUUACCAUUAUUAGAGUCCUUUAGAUAUGAAAUAACACCCCUAUAGUCACCUUUAUGCAGACUAUGGAAUCACUGCAGGGACAUGAGACAGUUUCUGAGCUAACUAAUUAGCCUCCAGUUCUAAACUUAAGAAGAGUUUCAAACAAAAGUGUGUAAGAGGGUCGAAGGAAGAAGCCAAAAACUUACCACUUCCACACAAAAUGGGAGAAGAGCUUUUUUUCCCCCAACUUAAUCAUGUUGGACAUGCCGGAGUACUCCGGUUUCCUCCCACAUUCCAAAAACAUGCUAGGUUAAUUAGCGACUCCAAAUUGUCCAUAGGUAUGAAUGUGAGUGUGAAUGGUUGUUUGUCUAUAUGUGCCCUGUGAUUGGCUGGCAACCAAACAGUCCAGGGUGUACCCCCGCCUCUUAGCUGGGAUAGGCUCCAGCAUGGGAUAAGCGGUAUAGAAAAUGGAUGGAUGGACAUGCCAUGGCUGAUGGUAAUGUCUCAUCAAUGUUUUGUGUCAUUACUGACAUCGAGUGGCCAAAAUAUUAAAUAUAACUUCUCUUUCAAUGUUUUUGGACUAAAAAAGGGUCAUAAUCAACUCCAAAAUCAUGAUAGAAUGAGGGAGGGAUGUUCGAACCGCAAUUUAGAGAGAGAUGACAUAAAAAUAACCCCGGGUCUGUUUGCUGAGGCUGGUCCUUUUGGAAGAAAAUAUGUUUUAUGUUUUUUUUUCAUGCUAACUGCGCUUAUGCUGAUAAUUCACAACGUCAUGAGAUUAAGUUGUGCGACCUCAGGGGCAUUUCACUUUGGAGGUUCCACUGCACAGGUGGUGCUCGGGUUACAAAAUAGUUCCGUUUUUAGUCUGUUACAGUAAGUAAGUCGUAUGUCACUCACACCGUAAACAGAAAAACUAAUAAUAAUAAUAAUAACCACUACACAGCUUAGUUAUCACUGUCCAUUUCAUAGGAGCAGAUCCUUACACAAAGAUUCCAUCUUUCUGAUGUUAUUUUUCACUUUCACUUUCUUUUAUGCGCCGCAACCAGAAAAUUCUGCCCCAGGCUUGAAAGACAUAAUGAAGGUAAAAGUUAAAAAGUGAACUAAAAUGGUGUUCUCCGUCCACGCUAUAUAUCUUUUGGUAUACGCUAUUAAUUCAUGGGAGUGCGUUCAGGACCACGGGAUGUCGUAGGACGAGGAGCACCUGUAAUUGAUAACAACUAAAGCAUCCAGUUGGGGCCCCCGCAUUGUGAACAGGCCUGCUCACCGCGGUCAAAUCCUUCCACUUGAGCUGUCACUGCAGGACCAUCUGUACCCGGCUGUAAAUAUCAUACUAGUGGCUCGACGUGCCUCACUGUACCUUUUGAUUGAAUCCCCGUUUUUCCAUUUAUUUUACUUCAUUCCUACUUGAGUCUGGUUAUAUGCCAAAAUAACAUGGAAAUAACUGAAGGAAUUCUCAUGUUUUGGUGAUGAAGGUCAUAUUUGAAGGAUUCAGCCGGUCAAUCACUGCCUUGGUUCCACUCAAAUGCAUCCAAUACGUGGAGUACUGGCUUGUUAUGACAUUUGCUGUCAUUUGUAUGUUUUUUUUUUUUAAUGAUAAAUCUUGGGACUCUUGACCUACACUAUUAGCACCUUUUUAAUAGCACCUUUUUAAUUGCCUAAUCGACAACCUCCUGUAGUCCAAAACUAACAGAAUGGGAGAGCAAGAUGUGAAAUGUCCAUAAAAAUCAAACCCAUCUGUGAAUAUCAACCGGUCUCAUCCCUUUUGAAUUUUUUUUUUUUUUUGACAUGCUUACACGGAAAUGUUCGCACUUGGCUGAUAAUUAUUUAAUGAGAUUUGACACAUGAUUAUUUUGAUAACUACAUAACAGGAUUAAUUAGCUGAUCCGGUGUCAAAGUUUUCAUUUAGCUGCAGGCCCUGACGUGGAGCGAGGAAGAGUGAGCAGAGAUAAUGAAGCAGUUAUAACGACACUGAACACACACACACACACACACAUGAACUUGAAAUAGCUGCAAAUGUAGACAUUCAAGCAAUCUUCCUGUAUCAUGAUCUCAUUUAUUCCCAUCAGUUUAUUGAGGGACCAAUAAUGGAUGUUUGGGUCACUGAAGCACUAACCAAGGUACCUAAAGAAGGCACCCCUUAUUUUACAAAAAAUACUUUUUAAUGUUGACAAAUUUGUUUGGAGUCAAUGCUGGUUGGAUAGAUGUUAUUUUGCUUCACAGCAUCUUUGUAAAUAUGUGUAAUAAUUAAAAACGAUACUGGUUUUCUG